AUGUCGCCCAUUGACACGUACAGCACACCUCUCUCCUCGCGCUAUGCGUCCAAGGAGAUGAGCAAGCUCUUCUCGCCCGCCACCCGCUUUGGCACCUGGCGCAAGCUCUGGCUCAGCCUUGCGACGGCGGAGAAGCAACUUGGCCUCAGCAUCCCCGACGAGGCUAUCGAGCAGAUGAAGGCGAACCUGGACCUCGACGAGGCGCAGAUGGACGAGGCUGCUGUUGAGGAGAAGAAGCGCCGGCACGACGUUAUGGCUCACGUCCACGUCUUUGGCCUGCACGCGCCCGCCGCUGCGGGCAUCAUCCACCUCGGCGCAACCUCGUGCUACGUCACCGACAAUGCCGACCUCAUCUUCCUGCGCGACGCCUGCGACAUCAUCCUCCCGAAGCUCGCGGUCGUCAUCGAGCGCCUCGCCCGCUUCGCCGAGCAGUACAAGGAUCUCCCGACGCUCGGAUGGACCCACUUCCAGCCCGCUCAGCUUACGACCGUCGGCAAGCGCGCGACACUCUGGAUCCAGGAACUCCUCUGGGAUCUCCGCAACAUCCAGCGCGCCCGGGACGACAUCGGCUUCCGCGGCGUCAAGGGCACGACCGGUACCCAGGCUUCCUUCCUCGCCCUCUUUGACGGCGACCACGACAAGGUUGAGGAGCUCGACCGCCUCGUCACCGAGCUAUCGGGUUUCAAGCACGCCUACCCCGUCACUGGCCAGACGUACUCCCGCAAGAUCGACAUCGAUGUCCUCGGCCCUCUCGCCUCGUUCGGUGCGACCGCGCACAAGAUCGCGACCGACAUCCGGCUACUCGCGAAUCUGAAGGAGGUCGAGGAGCCGUUCGAGAAGGACCAGAUUGGCUCGAGUGCGAUGGCGUACAAGCGCAACCCGAUGCGCUCCGAGCGCAUUUGCUCGCUUGCUAGGCACUUGAUGGUCAUCCAGCAGAACGCGAUGAUGACCGCCAGCGUUCAGUGGUUCGAGCGCACCCUCGACGACUCCGCCAACCGCCGCAUUACCAUUCCCGAAGCCUUCCUCACCGCCGACAUUAUCCUCACCACGCUCCAGAACGUCACCGAGGGUCUCGUCGUCUACCCAGCCAUCAUCGCCCGCCGUGUCCGCCAAGAGCUUCCCUUUAUGGCGACCGAGAACAUCAUCAUGGCCAUCGUCAAGAAGGGCGGCGACCGCCAGAUCUGCCACGAGAAGAUCCGCGUCCUCUCGCACGAGGCCGGCGCGGUCGUCAAGCAGCAGGGCGGCGAGAACGACUUGAUCGACCGAGUGCGCGCCGACAAGUUCUUCGAGCCGAUCUGGAACGACCUCGACAAGCUCCUCGACCCGUCGACGUUCGUCGGACGCGCGCCUGAGCAGACGACCAAGUUUGUCAAGGAGCACGUCAAGCCCGCGAUCGAGCCGUACAAGACCGCGGUUGACGCUGCGGUCGCUGCCGAGCUCUCGGUCUAA